GGAAGUGAAUAAGUGAUCUCAUCGCAAAACCCAGUUGCUUAACUGCAAGUGUGGUUUGAGGUCGGCGUUCCAUAGUAAACAGCCGCACAAACAUGACAUCAACAAGGACUGAAGGAGCCAGACAAAAAGCAGAUUCGUAGUUGGCAUCAACUAGCUAGUGAUUCCGGUCUUAAGCGUUCUCUUUUCACCAAUCAUAACUAGAGAUGUUCUACUAGCAAUUAGCAAAAAAAUGCAGCUAAAGGUCUCAUCAUACAGUCAACACACAUGAACCAGCUAGCUCUGUGUGAAUAAUAACAACACUCCGUUGAGUGUUGGACGCUCAAGAAUCACCAUGGCUGUGGCCAACACCACCAAAACAUCAUGGCGAUUACAGGAGAUUGUAGCCCACUCCAGUAAUGUGGUGUGUCUGGCCCUGGGGAAGAACUCAGGCCGUCUGCUAGCCACUGGGGGAGAGGACUGCCGAGUCAACAUCUGGGCAGUCAGCAAACCCAACUGCAUCAUGAGUCUGACAGGACAUAAUAACCCAGUGGAGUGUGUAAAGUUUAAUAACUCUGAGGAGCAGGUGGUGGCUGGCUCACAGUCCGGAUCACUGCGCGUAUGGGACCUGGAGGCUGCAAAGAUCCUAAGAACUCUAAUGGGACACAAGGCCAAUAUCUGCAGCUUGGACUUCCACCCAUUUGGGGAAUACCUGGCAUCUGGUUCCAUGGACACCAACAUCAAGCUGUGGGAUGUACGGAGAAAGGGCUGUGUGUUCAGGUACAAGGGUCACACUCAGGCAGUGAGGUGCCUGGCCUUCAGUCCAGAUGGGAAAUGGUUGGCCUCUGCUAGUGAUGACAGCACCAUCAAGCUGUGGGACCUGACUGCAGGGAAGAUGAUCACAGAGUUUACAGCACACACUGGAGCCAUCAACAUCAUCCAGUUCCACCCCAACGAGUAUCUGCUAGCGUCAGGCAGCUCUGACCGGACCAUCAAACUGUGGGAUCUGGAAAAGUUCAAGAUGAUUGGCUCUUCAGAGGGAGAGAUGGGACCAGUCAGGUGUCUGGCCUUUAACCUGGAUGGCUGCUGUCUGUAUAGUGGAGCUGUGGACUCUCUCCGUGUGUAUGGCUGGGAGCCCAACCGCUGCUUUGACGUGGUGCCAGUGGGCUGGGGCAAGGUGGCAGACCUGGCUAUCUGCAACCACCAGCUGAUUGGCGUGUCGUACAAUCUGACUAAUGUUUCGUCCUACGUGGUGGAUUUGACGCGGGUGAAGAAGUCUGGCUCUGUGAUCCAAGGCGUAAUCCAGGAUGACCAGCCACUCACAGAGCCCUCCCCGAAAGGAUCCACGCUGCGACGCAACUACGACCGACCCCUGACCACCUGCAGCACACAGAGGGUAAAGCAGAGUUCUGAGUCAGACCGCCGCAGCCCCGAGGGGGAGAGGAUUAGCCCCAGUAGCGAGGACGAGAAGGAGUCCUCCGCCGAGAUCCGUAACCCCGAGGACUACAAAGAGAUCUUCCAGCCAAAGAGCGCCAUCUCUCGCACCCCCCCAAAGAGUGAGCCCUUCCCUGCCCCAUUGGAAGAUGAGAGUUUUGUGGUGAGGGCUAACCAGGGACUGGUGGAGUUCAUGACUCCUAUGACUGACAGACAGCAGCCCGGCCUGUUGUUAAACCUUCCUGUGGCAUCGUCCACUCCGGUCCUGAGGGUGGAGCCUACCAUGGUCGCCACGGCGCCCCGUCCCAUCCCCAUGGUAACCACACGACCUCCGACCACUAACCACCCCCCCGCACCCCACCCAGCCCCCCCACCGGUCGUUGCUAUGGCGAAGGCCAAACCCCAGCCCAGCGUCAUCCUCUCCACCAGGAAUGAACCAAUAGGACUCAACGUGGGAGAUUUCCUGCCUCCUGCUCGCAACAACCGACCCAGUGUGCUGGGUGAUGACGAGGCUCUGGCCCAGAUCAGAAAGGGCCAUGACACCAUGUGUGUGAUGCUCACCAGCCGACACAAGAACCUGGACACCAUCAGAGUUGUGUGGGGCAGCGGGGACGUUAAGGUAUGGCGCUUAACAGACCGCGCUGACAUCACUUGA